AUGUAUCUAUCUAUCUAUCUAUCUAUCUAUCUCGGUCGGUUUGAUAUGUAUGUAUGUAUGUAUGUAUCUAUCUAUCUAUCUAUCUAUCUCGGUCGGUUUGAUAUGUAUGUAUGUAUGUAUGUAUGUAUGUAUCUAUCUAUCUAUCUAUCUAUCUCGGUCUGUUUGCUAUCUAUCUAUCUAUCUAUCUCUAUCUAUCUAUCUAUCUAUCUAUCUAUCUAUCUAUCUAUCUAUCUAUCUAUCUCGGUCGGUUUGAUAUGUAUGUAUGUAUCUAUCUAUCUCGGUCUGUUUGCUACGUAUGUAUGUAUUAUAUUAUCUGUCUUUCUGUCUGAUUGCUAUAUCUAUCUAUCUAUCUCGGUCUGUUUGCUAUGUAUGUAUGUAUCUAUCUCAGUCUGUUUGCUAUGUAUGUAUGUAUGUAUCUAUCUAUCUAUCUAUCUAUCACGGCCUUUUCCUUCUCUCACUCCAUCAUUCAGAGUCGCUCUCCUCUCUCCUCCCCUCCUCCUCCUUCUCUUCUCGCUGCCAGAUUCCAGCCUCCACCACUCAGAAAUCGGCUACGGCAUUACUUCAUCCGUUUUCACCAAUUCGCCAACAUCCGUUUUGUCUUCGUUCUUCGCCCUGGCUAAUUCCUUCUCUCGUUCUCUCUCCACCCGCGUUAAUUCGACUCACUCUCUGCGAGCGGACAACAAUAAUAAUAAUGUCGGUAGAAGAACACUCAUUGAAUCGAACAUCUUUUAG